UUCUGAGAUAAGAGUGUAGUCUCUUAUUCUACUGAACCAGGUCUCUCACAAGUCACAACAAACAGCCCUCGCUCCUCAGAUUCUAGGGUUUCGAUUCUCUUUUGGCGCCCAAAUUGUCCUUUCAGAUAAUGGAAUCUAGGUGGCUGCUGUGAAACCCUAGUUUUUCAAACUGUGACGUUUGAGAAAUUUAGAGUUCUGUUUUGUAAUGGAACUUGAAGAAGGAAAAAGCAAUGGUGGUAGUACGGAGUGCACUGAGAAAGUUCAGUCCUUGACGAGUGAAGCCAAUGGUGGUAGUACGGAGUGCACCGAGAAAGUUCAAACCUGGAAGAGUGAAGCCAAUGAUGGUAGUACGGAAUGCACUGACAAAGCUCAAUGCUUGAAGAGUGAAGCCAAUGGAUUUGAAUUUAGGGUGUGUAAAAAUUUUGCCAAAGGCCGCUCAGAUGCAAGUGAGGUUGUUCGGACUUACAAGAGGCGGAGGCGUGCAGGGUCAAGUUGGGAUAGCAGGUCACAAGAAUAUGGGGGAGCUGAUGUGGAAUCUUCAAGUCAAUUGGCAGACCAGCGUCUAAAGGAACCUGUGGGCACAGCAAUACAGAAUAACUCUUGUGAGCAAGUCCAUCUUCAAACGAAUAGUUCAGAUGCUUGCUCAGAUAGGCACUGGAGAAAUGCUGUACUGGACAGCAUGUAUCAGUCUUUAGGUGAUGAUGAAGGUGGUGUACAAGUGUGCAUCCGAGAAGCAAUUGUACAUUUUCGAGACAUUGAUCAUACCACAAGAGUUAAGGAAUCUGGUGAUCAUGAUGCGGAUAGGCAUCAAUGUUUUUUUCCUACGCAGUCUAUCUUGAAUGGACCUCAUUGUGCAGCCAAUGGGCAUGCUGGUGUUAUAUUGAAUGGAUCUUCAAAUAAAACAAACUAUCCUACAGUUACUGCAAUGUGUCAGCAUGCUUUUUUUAAUGUUUUAGUUUCAGAAAAUUUUGCUUCAUUGUGCAAACUGCUGUUGGAAAAUUUUCAAGGAAUCAAGGCUGACAGCAUUUUCGACCUUAAUCUCAUAAACUCAAGGAUGAAAAAGGGGGAUUAUGAACAUUCGCCUAUGCUAUUCUCACAUGAUAUGCAACAGAUAUGGAGAAAGCUUCAAGGGAUUGGUACUAACUUGAUUUCUCUUGCAAAAAGCCUCUCAGACAUGUCAAGGAGUUCUUACAAAGAACAGGUGGGAGGUUCAGUCCGAAAUACAUUUGAAGGUGGAAAAGAUGAGUUGUACGCCUGCGAAUCUGACUUCCACACUAAACUGGAGCAAACAGAGGAUUGUGCUGUGCACGGUGUAUACACUUGCAUGCAUUGUGGAGGCAAGGCAGAUGGGAAGGAUUGUCUAGUAUGUGAUUCAUGUGAGGACAUGUACCAUAUCUCCUGCAUUCAGCCUGCUGUCAAAGAGAUUCCUCUAAAAAGUUGGUAUUGUUUGAGUUGCACUGCUAGUGGUGUUCGAUCAUCCCAUGAGAACUGUGUUGUGUGUGAGAAGUUGAAUGUGCCCAAGACUCUAGUUGAUGGAGUUGGAGGUGAAAGUGUUUCUACAGAUGAAGAAACAGUCAAUGAGAUGGGGGAGAAUUCAAAUUUUAAUACAGAUGAUGGAAUCCAACCUUCGGAAGAGAGCAAAGACUUGAACAUCUGCAAAACUUGUGGAAUGGAGGUAGAAAAAAGUGAUAAGUUGAAGAUAUGUGGUCAUCCAUACUGCCCAAAGAAAUACUACCAUGAGAGGUGUCUGACAACUAAGGAGUUAAAAUCAUAUGGUCCCUGUUGGUACUGCUAUUCUUGUCUGUGCAGAGCUUGUCUCACUGAUCGAGACGAUGAUAUAAUUGUUCUUUGUGAUGGCUGUGAUCAUGGGUACCACAUCUAUUGUAUGGACCCACCACGCAUUGGCAUUCCAAGCGGGAAAUGGUUUUGCAGAAAAUGUCGUGCAGCUAUUCAGGUCAUACGCAGGACAAGAAAGGGUUAUGAUAAGAAUGAAAAGAAACAGAAAAAGAACGGUGAAGGAUCAAGGAAGUUGAAUGAAAAACGAGCUGACAGGGAAUCAGGACAAGGUAGAGGGGGAAUGGAGUUGCUUGUAUAUGCAGUCAAGACUCUAGAUCAUGAAGAAGAUAUGAUGAGUAAAAAAGAAUGAGACAGUUUUCAGGACUGACAUGUGUUCUGUGAGUAACAAUUUUGAUUUACUAGGCAUGUCGCCCAAGGCUAAGAAUUCUGUUUGUCUGCGUUGUUUAGAGGCGACAUUUUCGUAGGUUGUUAACUCUGAUAGAUUAUGCUGACUUUUGGAUGCUUAACUUAGCAAAAGACGUGAUUCUAAAGGCUGUAUAUGUAGUUUGGUCCUUGCUAAAGUGCACAAUUUGAGAAAGCAAUACAGAAGUUUGGUAAAAUGGCCAUUUUAACAGGUCACCAUUGAACA